AUGAUCAGGGACGUUGUCGGUGAAUCUGAUUCGACGGCGGAAGACGUGAGGAAACAUGAGAAUCACAAUGCAAUGACGGAUGGCGAGAAAGAUGCAGGCACCGUCACGGUUUCUUCAAGCAGCACCCAGAUAAUGGAGGAGGACCUGAAACAAAAGCUAGCAAACUUGUUGUCUCUCAGCGGAAGCAUGAGUCGUGUAGUUGCCAAGAACUUGGAAGAUGCACGGAAAAAACGUUACGAGUUCUGGAGUUCUCAACCGGUCCCACAGUUUGGUAAAAUACUUCAUUGUUAUCGUGUCUGUUAUAUAUUCAUCAUUAUCUUAAUCAUUUGCAUAAUCAUUUUCAACUACAUUAUCAUAAUGAUCACUACUGCAUCGUACUCGACUGAAUGUCUAUGUUCAAGGCUGCAGUCAUUUCGAUUAUUAUCUUAAAA